AAUGCGACUGAACGCUGACAGCAGCUGAAACUUGGCUAAAAUGUCCGCUGAAGUGGCUACAAAGUGAUCCGAGUAAACGCGUGAACGCGUGCUGAAGCGUACUUUAAAACUGCACUCUUUUUCACGCCGUUACGUGGGAACAGUUUAGAGGAUUGCGGGUUUCUCCGAUUACGGCUUCCGUUUUCCCAACCACGUGACUGAAAUGGCAACUAUGACGGCGUCCUUUUCGCGCCCGUUUGCGGCUUUCGCUUCUCUGCUGUGCUCGUCGGAGGUAGAGAGAACGAGAAAUUUGUACCGCUGCGCAAGUGUAUUUGUCGCAAUGGGAAAAUCGGAUGCCAAAAAGACGUCAAAGAGGAAGCGAGGUGGAGACGGGGAAGCGACAGAACCGGAACACAGCGCCGCUGCGAACAACGCGCAAGAAACGUCAAAGAAGCCCAAAUCUGAAGCCGGCGAGCAAGCUGGCAGCGGUGACGUUGCCAAAAAGCCGUGGAACUUGAAACUAUGCUCCUGGAACGUCAAUGGAGUGCGCGCCUGGCUUGGGAAAGAGGGACUGGAAUACCUAAAGAAGGAGCAACCCGACGUCUUUGCCAUCCAGGAGACCAAGUGCUCCGAUUCGAAGUUGCCCACGGAAAUCAAGAACGUGGACGGCUAUCAUUCGUACUUUUUAGCUGGGGACCAGGAAGGUUAUUCUGGAGUCGGGCUUUUGUCGAAAAUAAAACCGCUGGACGUCAAGUACGGCAUCGGUGUGGAAAAGCACGAUAAGGAAGGGAGGGUGAUAACGGCAGAGUUCGAGAAAUUCUAUCUCGUCGCCGUUUACGUUCCUAACGCCGGGAAAAAGUUAGUGCGGUUAGAUUACCGCAUGGAGUGGGACAAAGACUUUCGCGCCUACUUGAAGGAACUGGAGACCAAAAAGCCGGUCGUUCUGUGCGGCGACAUGAACGUCGCGCAUCAAGGGAUCGAUCUCGCAAACCCCAAAACGAACAAAAAGAAUGCAGGCUUUACCCAAGAGGAACGCGACGGCUUUACGACUCUGCUGGACACCGGAUUCGUGGACUCGUUCAGGCACCUCUAUCCGGACAAGAAAGGAGCGUACACCUUUUGGACUUACAUGAUGAACGCAAGGGCGAAGAAUGUUGGCUGGAGGCUGGACUACUUCAUUCUGUCCAAUGCCUUAGAGAGCAACAUUAGUGACAGCUUGAUCCACAGCGAGGUGAUGGGUAGUGACCAUUGUCCAGUUGUUUUGUUGCUGAACAUUUGAAGCCACCACUCAUAUCCUGUCAUGUUGCCGCAUGCGACCACUGAUCUGUGUUCAUUUUUUUCUUCAAUUUUGUAACGUAGCCUAAACCAGAGAAAUAAAAACUACAGAACCCUUUCUAGAAGACA